AUGUGUACAGACGAAGCACGCUUGUGCUGGGGGAAGCGCAUUCGGCGGGAAGCGCAGCCUGCGCACUGGUUCGCAACAGGCUCGUGUGUCUACAUGCUCUUGCGUGCGCUCGCCCUAGUCGUCGGCGCCUCGGCCUCAGCAGAGAUCAACUGCACCUUCGCGCCGAACGAGUGCCCCGGUGUGUCAUGGGACCUCACGCCGCUCCAGCAGCUCACGCACUCCGCCGACCUUGAGGUCGCGGCUGCGGCUGGCGAGGUGCCGGACGAGCACUUUUGGCUGGGCGUGUGCCGGUCGCCAAUCGAGGCGGGGCAGUGCGAGACACUGAGCAACAUCUCCGACCCGGCCGGGCUGCAGGUUUGGCGGUCAGAGGCUGGCGGGGAGGAGUGCGCGCCGCUCGGAUCGCUGUCGACGGCGGCGUGGAGCAUGGCCUCGCCGGGCAACGAGGCGGAGGGGGUGCUUCUCUCCUUCUCGGGGGGCGCGGCGGGCCGCUCGAUGGUCGUCCGCUUCGUCUGCGACAAGUCCAUCCCAAAGGCGCGUGCGGUCCUCACCGAAGCCACCGGCGGCAGCCUCAAGUACAACCUCACGGUCCGCGCCGCCGCCGCCUGCCCGGUCGGUCGCUGCACAGCACCGCAGCGCGAUGGCGGGUCCGGGGCGGCCACCUUCUUCGGCGUGCUCCUCGGCGGCGCCGCGCUCUACCUGGUCGGCGGGAUGGCGUACAACGUGCGCAGCGGCGUGGAGGGCAUCGACCGCAUCCCGCACUGGCACUUUUGGCAGCGGCUCGCGCGCUUCGGGCGCAACUAUGCGCGCGCGUGGAGCGGCGGAGGUAGCAGCAGACACGAGCCGCUCCGCGCGGCAGAGGCGACCGAGUGA